AUGGCUCAAGUUCUCCGCAGACAUGUCUUCCCUACCCCUCGGAGUCCAUUCUCCCUCUCCAACCCUCGAUAUUUCUCCGUCAUAACCCCCCGACAAGCAUCUCCCGCCAAUCCUGCACAGCACCCCGAUCGUAGAAUGCGCAUGCAAGCUAUGGGUGGAACGCGAAUGGCAACCGACGUUGGCCUUCUACCUAAUACUUUCAUAGCAGCUAGCAGCCCCUCUCUGUUCAAACACCCCAAAGGACUUUUGAAAUUCCAAUGGAAGAGAUUCAAGACCCGAUUUUGGGAUACCGUCGCCACCGUUGCAUUUAAGUGGAUGUCUCCCAAAACCGGGCGUGUACGAAGAAAGGUGCAACUGAAGCGCGGUUCGAUAGUCCCCGCAGCCGAAGCUCUGUACAGGGAGAUGUACCAAAAUUUUGCUGCUGGUGACAUUGGACGCUUGCGCAGAAUGUGUGCCGAUGGACUUUUUGAGAGUUUUGCGCAGCGCAUAGCUUCGAGGCCUCGGGGGCAAAAGAUUACAUGGAACCUUGUGAAGAUGAACCGAAGACCUAAGAUCAUGUCGACCAAGGCUGUCAUGAUACCCGGAGGCGAUGGCAAUGUGAUACGACAAGCGGUGGUCCGAAUUUCUAGUAGACAAAAGAUGACAUUAAGGGAUAAUAGAGGAAAAGAGCUGCCGGGGAGCAGUGAGAAGGAUAUCGUAGAGUAUCUGGUUGUGCAGAAGAUUUAUAGAAAUUGGCAAGAUCCAGAAUGGCAGGUCUGGGGUACAACGAGGGGGACUACGUUGAAGGAUCUAGAUGAGUGGGAGAAGAUGGCCUAG